AUGAAGUAUCUGGGCCUGACCUUCGACAGCUACUGGACUUUCGGCCCUCACUUGGAGCGACUGACACCGUCUGUCGAGGCAACGGCGAACGCCUUACGAAGUUUGAUGCCUCUGCUGGGCGGGCUCGGCAUCGGGGUGCUCCGGCUGUAUGCCGGCGUGGUGCGAUCGAGGCUCCUAUACAAAGCUCCGAUGUGGCCGGAGGACCUGAUGGCUAACCGUUGCAGUCUCCAAAUGGUCAGGAUGCUGCACAGGACUGUGGCAAUCAGGGUAGUGAGGGGCUUCCGCACAAUUUCGGCGGCGGCAGCGGCGGUGCUCGCCGGGUUUCCCCCGUUCGAUUUGCAGGCCCUGAGGUGUCACGAGAUUUAUCUCGCUAUCGAGCGGAGUCGGCCCGGUUGA